UCACGACCUUCGGCGAGCUGUGAUCGGCCUGGAUAGGCACGCAAGACAACCUCAUUCCAUUCCCGUAACCUGAAAGAAAGAUUCAGGGGCAAUACCGCAAAGAUGGUGAAUAUCACGGAGAAGAUCAAGGAGAUUGAGGAUGAGAUGAAGAGGACGCAGAAGAACAAGGCCACAGAAUACCAUCUCGGUCUUUUGAAGGGAAAGCUUGCUCGUCUUCGUGCUCAGCUUCUCGAGCCGGCUCCAGGUGCUGGCAGUGGCGGCGGAACAGGUUUCGAUGUGUCCAAAUCUGGCGAUGCACGUAUAGCACUCGUCGGCUUCCCCUCAGUCGGAAAGUCGACCUUCUUGUCGCGAGUCACAAAAACGAAGUCUGAGGCAGCAUCAUACGCUUUCACUACGCUGACCGCUAUUCCCGGCGUGCUCGAGUAUGGCGGCGCUGAGAUCCAAGUCCUCGAUCUUCCCGGUAUCAUUGAAGGUGCCGCGGAGGGCAAGGGCCGAGGACGUCAAGUCAUCAGUGCGGCAAAGACAAGUGAUCUGAUUCUGAUGAUUCUCGACGCUACAAAGAAGGCUGAGCAAAGGAGACUACUUGAGGCCGAAUUGGAGGCAGUCGGCAUCCGGCUGAACCGCGAGCCACCAAACAUCUACCUCAAGCCCAAGAAAGCAGGCGGCAUGAAAAUCAACUUCCAAACGCCGCCUAAAGGCGGCCUAGACGAAAAGUUGAUCUAUCAGAUCCUGAAGGAUUACAAGAUGCUCAAUGCUGAAGUGCUUAUUCGCGACGAAUACGCUACAGUAGACGACUUCAUCGACACCAUCAUGAUCAACCACCGCAAGUACAUCAAGUGCCUAUACGUGUACAACAAAAUCGACUCAAUUUCGCUGGAGCAUCUGGACCAGCUGGCGCGCGAGCCGCACACGGUCAUCAUGAGCUGCGAGCUGGACCUAGGACUGCAGGAUGUGAUUGAACGCUGCUGGGAGGAGCUGCAGCUGAUGCGCAUCUAUACCAAGAGGAAGGGAUUCGAGCCGGAUUUCAGCGAGGCAUUGAUUGUGCGCCGCGGGAGCACCAUCGAGGAUGUCUGUGACCAGGUUCACAGGACGCUCAAGGAUACAUUCAAGUAUGCGAUGGUGUGGGGUGCGAGUGCGAGGCAUGUGCCGCAGCGGGUGGGAUUGAGUCAUACGGUUGCAGAUGAGGACGUUGUGAGUAUCGUGGCGAAGUGAAGUUAUCGUCUAUUCAGUGCGUGGAGUAAAGAAUGGGACCUUGCGCAAGAUUGUCUUCAACGAAAUGAAUGACAUGAGUAUCAUGGGUGCAGAUAAUAAUG